GCCAGAUGAAGGGUGAUGACAGCGCUCCUCCUGAUUUUUAUCCUCAUUUUACCUCUGGUGCUCGAGCUGAUAGGACGGUGUCUGUUUCUCUGGAUGAACAAACAUAGCUACAAGUUAUUAAUAAGUCUAUUAAAGGUUCAGAAUAGACAGCUCACAAUGAAGACCUGGCUUGUUCUGCUCCUCCUGGGCCUCAUGGUACAAGACACGGCGGCAGUGACUCACUCUCUGAAGAUUUUCUACACUGCGUCUUCUGGAGUCCCAAACUUCCCAGAGUUUGUGGCUGUUGGAUUGGUUGACGACGUUCAGGUACAUUACUAUGACAGUAACACCAUGAGACUGUUACCCAAACUGGACUGGGUGAACAGAGUCAUAGAAGAUGAUCCUCAGACCUGGCAGGGGGAGACUGAGAUCUGGGUGGCUCAACAGCAGUGGUUCAAAGCCAACAUUGAAGUUGUAAAGCAGCGCUUCAACCAAACUGGAGGUGUCCACUCUUACCAGAGGAUGUACGGCUGUGAGUGGGAUGAUGAGACUGGAGAGGUCAAUGGUUUUAUGCAGUGGGGUUAUGAUGGAGAAGACUUCAUAGUAUUUGACGUGAAGACAGAGUCCUACAUCGCUCCAAAACAACAGGCUGUCAUCACCAAACACAAUUGGGACAAUGACAAAGCUUUGAUAGCUCAUAGAAAACACUACUACACCCAGAAAUGUCCUGAGUGGGUGAAGAAGUAUGUGAACUAUGGGAGGAGCUCUCUGCUGAGAACAGAUCUUCCCUCAGUGUCUCUCCUCCAGAAGUCUCUCUCCUCUCCAGUCAGCUGCCACGCUACAGGUUUCUACCCUGACAGAGCCAUGAUGUUCUGGAGGAAAGAUGGAGAGGAGCUUCAUGAGGACGUGGACCUCGGAGAGACCCUCCCCAACCACGAUGGAUCCUUCCAGAUGAGUGUUGACCUGAACCUUUCAUCAGUCCCAGCUGAAGACUGGAGGAGGUACGACUGUGUGUUUCAUCUCUCUGGUGUGGAGGACGACAUCAUCACCAAACUGAACAAAGCAGAGAUCAGGACCAACAGAGAGAAGCCCACUAACAUGACCAUCCCCAUCAUCGCUGCAGUGGUUGUUCUGGCUCUCGUCCUCCUCGCUGUGAUCAGAGUCCUGGUUUACAGAAAGAAGAAAGCCAAAUGCCCUCCAUCUCCUGACAACAGCUCUGAGCUCUCUGAGAAACUGAAUCCAGACUCUAAAUCCUAAACCCAUCAACCUGCACACAGUGAGUUGACGUGAACUAUUCACACAAAGCUGCCAUAAACUCUGUGAAACCUUCUGGGAUUGGUUCUCUAUCCACUGGGAAACCUCUGGGACACAUUGGAGCUGUAAAGAACAUCUCUGACUUGGGGCGCCUGGACAGCUCACCUGGUAAAGCGUGCGCCCCAUGUACAAAGGCUCAGUCCCUGUCGUAGCGACCGCAGGUUCUCUGGUUGUAUCAGAUCACCGGGGGCAACGCUGCAAAUCAGUCAGUAACAUCCAGAAACAUGCUGCGCAGAUUAGACACCCGAAAUGUGCCGGAGGUGUCGGUGUAAAUGUAAAUCUGUGUUACUCCUGGGCCCAGUUUUUCUAAAGAUUUCAUCUGGAUGAAAUUUAUCCGGAUUUGGAAAUCCCAUGUUUUGCUAUCCAGGAUCACCUGAUCCAUCUUACUUUAUGCCAGUUUUUUAAAGGAACAUUGGAUUGGAUCACUGUGAUCCAAAUACCAAAUUUCAGGAUGACCAAAUCCUGUUUACCAGAGCCUUAAAUGGAACCAACAGUGUAGCCUGCUGGCUUAGCAAAGAACAACAGGUAGGCAAAAUACUGGUGGCCACAAAUGGACAUUGUUUGUUUUAAUUUUAAGAAACAGAAACACUGUAAUAAACAGAAACAUUUUACAUUCCUUAUUUUGUUAUAAUGUUAAAUAACAAAACAAAAACAAUACUAUCUAAUAGUCCAUAUCUCAUUAGAUGUGACAUGCUUCAUAUAUGCUUCAAAUAUGAAGAAAUGUAUAUAUCGUCAGUAAACCUUUAUUUUAUGAUCAUUCACUUAACAAAAAUCCUCUCUGAUUGUAUUUGGUUCCAAAAAUCACAACUGAAUCCACCCUUCUGAUGGGAUCAGGAUAAUCCUGUUUUUUUUUGGAUCAAAUAGAUUCCAAAGCGAGUUUCAAAGUUUUGAAAAACCCAAAGGGCGGGUUUGAUCCAGAUCAAAUGUAAGAUCGGAUUACAUGAUCUGAUCUUAGUUCGGAAUCCCUCUUUUGCUUUUGAAAAACCCAUUUCCAAGAUUUGAUCCAAUCCGUGAUCCGAAAUCCCACUGGAUUACUUUUGAAAAACUGGGCCCUGGUGAUAAACUGGACCACACACACACACACACACACACACACACACACACACACACACACACACACACACACACACACGCACACGCACACACACACAAAGCACUGACUGUACCAUUAUCACACCUAUGAGCCAAUCUGUGAAACACAGCCAUCAGGUGCACAAACACAUGAUUGCUUACAGUUUUUUUCCAAUUUUGCAAACUAGGCUGUUUUUAUCAAAAUACUUAUAGCAUUAUCAAAAUCAAACUUUUGCACCAAAUGGCACACACUUCAUUCAUAUUACCAGGUUUUUGUCUAACUAACUACACACUGUUGGGCAUAAUGAAAAGCACUCUCAUCUUUAGUAUGCUUUGUCAUAAUAUUAAAAUAGUUCAAAUUGUAGAAAA